AUGGAAAAAAAUAUAUGGGCUGAAUUAAAGCCUAUGCCAUGGUCUGAUGAUUCCUGCCAUGCUGUGAUGUAUAAUGGAGGUAUUUUUAUUUCUGGAUAUGAGAAACAAAAUCUUUUGCGAUACUCAAUUGAUACCGAAACUUUAAGGGUAAUUCCUUUCCAAUUUGGGGAAAAGAAAAGAAAGAUCUUGAUAAAUUUAGAUAGGUUGUACGUAAUUGAAAGUUUUAAUGGAUUUAUCUACGAAAGCCAAAUUGGAGAUGAGUUUAUGUGGAAAAAGAUAGGUAGAUCGAUACUCGGGCGCUUUUGCAGACAAGUUUAUUGAUCGUAUAACAAAGGUGCGAUAUACAUAAAAACAUCUUCAAAGGCGAACUAUAGAUUUAUAUUGAAUCAAAACACUAUGUCUCAGCUUUUGUAG